UGGUCGCUGCAGGGCGCGGUGGCCUUCGAGGACGUGGCGGUGCGCUUCUCGCGGGACGAGUGGGGGCUCCUGAGCGCGCCGCAGCGGCGCCUGCACCGCGCCGUGACGCUGGAGACCCUCGCGCUGCUCGGCUCGCUGGGGUUUGGGCCUGCCGGGCCCCGUGUGGUCGCCCGCUUGGAGGAGGGAGAGCCCUGGCUCGCCACCGUGGUGGAUGUGACUCUCACUAGCAGAGCAGAGUCCAAGAGGGGCCCCGGGCUUGGUGGCCUGGAGGGAGAGGAAGCCCCUCCUGGGAGGGCGAAGGGCCCCCGAGACCACCCGUCAGAGCAGCCUUCUGCGUUCGCGAAUGCUGCCCUCGCUGAGGCGAGCACCAGGCACCGGGAGGCCUGCCCGCCCAGCCCCGGCCACCAGCAGCGGCAGCAGCAGCAGCAGCAGGAAGCCCACGCUGCACACAAGACCUUCAAGUGCGGCCGCUGUGGGGGAGCCUUCCAGAAGGCCUCCUCGCUCCUUGACCACCUCGUCACCCACUCCAGCGGGAGACCCUUCGGAUGCCCACGACGUUCAAAGACCCCAAAGGAGAGCCCAGGCCUUGUUCGUCACCGAGCAGCUCCCACUGGCGAGGCCUCCCAUGCGUGCGGCGAGUGCGGCAAGACCUUCAGUUACCCGUCUAAGCUGAGGAAGCACCAGAAGGUCCACACGGGUGUAAGGCCUUUCCGGUGUGGUGAGUGUGGGAAAGCCUUCAGCCGCAAAGACGCUCUGGUGCUUCACCAGAGGAUUCACACUGGAGAAAGGCCGUACGAGUGCGGCCAGUGUGGCAAAGCCUUCAGUGUUCUCUCCACCCUCAUUCGGCACCGGAAAGUGCACGUCGGAGAACGACCUUACGAGUGCGGGGAGUGCGGGAAGUUCUUUAAGUAUAACCACAGUUUCGUUCUCCACCAGAGAGUUCACGCUGGAGUGCGGCCUUAUGAGUGCACGCAGUGUGGGAAGGCGUAUGUGACCCGCCCGGGCCUGUACCAGCACUGGAAGGUUCACACCGGGGAGCGGCCCUACCGCUGCGGCCUGUGCGGGAAGGCCUUCACCACCAGGUCGUACCGCAACCGGCACCAGCAGUUCCACACCGAGGCGAGGCCCUUCGAGUGCCCGCAGUGUGGGAAAGCCUUCAAACACAGCUCGACCCUGCUUCAGCACAGGAAAGCCCACGCCGCUGGGCGGCCUUAGGGAGACGGGCCGUGGGGCGGC